ACUGAAGGAGAGAAUCGAAUUUGUUUCUGGCAAACAUGAAGUCAGAUCUCUGGUAUUUCUUUCUCUUCUGCUUCCAAGUUGAAGUUCUAAUGGGAGAAGUCAAUGACUCUGCCAAGUCUGAGAUGUUUAUGUUUCAUGAUGGAGGUCUACAGAUUGUAUGCAAAUAUCCUGAUACUGUCCGACAAUUUAAGAUGCAGUUGCUGAAAGGGAAGAAUAUACUCUGUGACCUUACGAAGACAAAGGGAAGUGGAAACACGGUGUCCAUUACCAACGUGAAUUUAUGCCAGUUUCAGUUAUCCAAUAACAGUGUCUCUUUUUUUCUGUAUAACUUGGACAGUUCUUAUGCCAGCUAUUACAUCUGUGAAUUAUCAAUUUUUGAUCCUCCACCUUUUCAAGUAGAUAUUCUAAGCAAAGAAUAUUUGAAUAUUUAUGAAUCACAGCUUUGUUGCCAACUGAAGUUCUGGUUACUUCUAGGAUGUGCAGCCUUUGUUGUAGUCUACAUUAUUGGAUGUGUUCUUACAUGUUGGCUUACAAAAAAGAAAUAUCGCCCCAGCGUGCAUGACCCUAAUAGUGAAUACAUGUUCAUGGCAGCAGUGAACACCACUAAAAAGGCUGGACCAACAGAUGUGACCCGCAAUUUGGUACGCUCUGGCACACGGGCAUGAACCAAGUCGGCCAGUUCUCUCCAACUCGAAGUGCAAGAUUCCCUUAUUUCCUGGACUUGAUUUGACUCCAUCUUCUGCUGGCAUUUUGUUCAGUCUCAACCCGUGACUCUAUCCAUCAACACGGAUUUUAACAGUCAGCCUCAGUACUGCUGAAUUCUCUCAAAUACCCUCCUGCAAGUAGAUUUAGAGAAAGCCCAGCUCAUGUGUUCUCAACAAACAGACCUCACUGGGAUGGAAUUCCUGUCUUCAUAUCUGCUUCUAGCAAUGCACCAGCCAGUAAAAUGAACAUGUCUACAAAAAUGUUUUCAAGAUGCCAAGGGUACCGAAUCUGUAAAGCAAAUGGGCCACCAAGGGCCAGAAUCUGUCUGCAUUUCAAUAACAAACUACCUCUCCUUCUCGUAGGGAUGAUCUCUCCUUUUCAAAUCAGAUGAUAGGAGGAGAUGCUUCCAAACUGUAGUUAGUUUAUUUCUGAGGUGUGGUUGUGUAACCAGAGCGUAUCAUUGCACUAGUGCACAGCGCUCUUCCCCAACUUCUGAAGUCCACUUGGCCCCUCCACCAGGAGUUUAGAUGCCUUUGCGUGCUCUCAAUUUUCCUUUUUCAAAAUACUUCCACAUAACUACUUGACAGACACCCUGAGUUAGGAGCUAUGCCUACUGUUUUUCCUUUUGUGACUCAGUUAUCUGUAGAGUUGCAGCCUAAUGACUAUAACUUCCCUCUAUUCUCCCUGAACAAGCAUAUUUUUGCUCCAGAAAGGUAUCUUAUUUUUCCCCAGUUCAGUCGAAAUGGUUUUCUUUGCUGACUCGUUGACAUCAGUGGUAGGAGACAUUGCUCAGAAUCAAAAGCGAAUUCAUUUUAUGAUACUUUCCCAUCAUUAUCUAUGUUUACAUGGUGCUAUUAAUUACGAGUUAGGCUAUUUUUGUAGAUGUUCAAAUUGCAAACAAACAAAGAAGUCCAUCUUUCCCUGUCAAGCCUUGACCUGGGUUGGGUAAAGCCCCUGAUCCUUUCAGCUUGAAGGCUGCAGUUCCUGGAAGUCACUGCCAAACUAGAGCCAUGCUACCUCUGGGCCUGACAGGUUGAAAUGGCCCCCAUCAGCCUGGAGCAGCCAUCCGGUCCUGGAUGGAAUUCCCAGAGUUGGGAGACUCUGCUAAGCCAAGAUAACCAGGUGCUCUCGCACCCAGAGGCUGAAGUUGCUGGGGACCAGAAUGGGUCUGCCUGCUGUUUGGACCUCCAGGAUCUAUGAAAAAGCCCAGAUGUGUCAGAAAACAUCUGUAUAAUUCCCUUUCCUAGAAGCCACUCAGCCUGGAAACUGGUCCUGGCCCAUUAAGACAGUCUUCAUUUGAAUUUGAUUUGGUCAGAAAGAUUCUUAAGUAUAUGUAACAUGUAAUUACUCCUAGCUGAAAUAUUCUCUCCCCUUCCUAUUCUGCAUGCCCAAGGCUUUGGAAGCAGCCAAUGUGAAUGUGACAACAUUUUCGAGUUUGAUUAAAUGGGAUUAUGUAGUAGUUUUAAAAUUUGUAGUUGUCCGCUUAUAGUUUACUUUAAAAAUAAGACCUGAUGUGUCAUUAUGCAUACUUAUAUUAUUUUAAGCAUGUGUAAUACCGGAUGUGUACAGUACAGUACUGAAUAUGUAAUUUGAAUCAAGUACGGUGUUCUGUUUUCAGCUGACUUGGACAAACUGGCUGGCUCUGCAGAGGUGUUCUCUGGGUUGUUUGCAGCCUUCUGCAUGGGGUGUCAAGUGGGGAAGAACAGCCCUCACAUGGCCCACCUCUCCUGGUUGUCCAAGUUGUGCCCUGAAGCAUCCUUAUUCUUAGCACUGGACAUUUCAGAGUGAAUUACUAAAGGAUACAAUUUCUAUGAAAUAAAGACUGAUUUUAAGAAAAGUUGAUUAUAAAAUAGAUUUUAGCCAUGGUAAGAAGCUAAAGAAUAAAUAUUUGCUAUUCAGCAACCAAAA